CAAACACGUUACCUGACUAUGUCGCAACUGUACUUCCAGCGAAUUAUGAUUAUUUUAUUAUUAAAAUUCGUCAACUUCCAGACUAUAUUACAGCUGAAGGAUUCUCAGUUAAUCAAUUUGAAGCGGAUCUUUUAGUAAAUGUUAAUAGUGUUGAAGGUGCACAAAAAUGGUUUGUCGAUUUUGAAGAGAUAUCAAAAACGACAAUGCCUCAAACUAAAGGCUAUCAACUUAAAGAGCAGAAGGUCUUUUUUAGACAAUUGCGACACUGCAUUCACAGCAACAUAGUUAGGCAAAAACAAGGAAACCCUGUUUUAAAAAAUCCUAAUUCAUUGCAAGUCAGAAAUACAGAAUGUAAAGCUACUAUCCAUCUUCGAAUUGAGCAAAGAAAUCUUCAGACUAAUUAUCUGCUUGAAGUGAACAUUAAAUAUACACACAAUCAUGUAGUUCAUUCUGCAAAAGCCUUUAGUUUCAGAUAUAUUAAAGAUGAA